UCACGCAUUUGAGAUCAAUCGAGACGGUUUCCUCUCUUCAAGUUCGGAUUCAGCAGACGAUGAAGGGAAUAUACAUAAUUGCCAUCGUCUUCCUGGCAUUAUGGAACGUUAUCGCGAACAAAGAUUUCGCUCAAGAUAAAUCUGAAUCUAUUCGGGAGAAAGACUUGCGCCAAAUUUUCACAAGAUGCCCGAUUUAUGACGUAAAUGAAACGGUCAUUCUCGCACACGAAACUGAUUGCACAAAGGCCUACAAGUGUUCUUGGGGUAAAAGAUAUCCGUUGGAUUGUCCUUGGAUAGAUGAUAAAAAGACACAAAAGUUGCAUUUUAAUCUAUUGAAACAGUAUUGCGAUUGGCCAUGGGCUGCCGGUUGCAUCGAUUGUCCCGGAAAUGCAAACGAUGGCUACCCAUCGAUUAAGAUAUCUCACGAUGUCAACAAUUGCAAUCUAUACUAUCAAUGUGUAAAUGGUGUGAAGCAGCUACGUAGCUGUUCCAGCGGAUUGUGCUUCAGUGCCACAUGCCAGGAUUGCGUCCGAAACCGGACAGGUGGGAAUUGCGAAUAGGUUAAUUAUCAAGGAUAGAGAGACUUUAUUAAAUCACCUCUGCUUGGAAUUAGUACUAUGUUUGAAUUAUGAUGUUUGAAUUAAAUUUUUCUUCGUUCUGUGUAAAUAACGAGAAAAUCUAUCAAAUGCGAUUAGUACGAGUUAAGUAUUGCGAGAUUUGUCGAAAAUAUUCACUAGAG